AUGAGCUCGUCAAACGCCCCUCAACGGCAGGGCUCUAUUGAUCCUUUUUCUCAUCCGGAUGAUUAUUAUGGCAACGAAGAAUCCCUGGCAAGGAUUCGUCGCGGACGUACCUUUUCGGCGAGCGUGAAUGCCUACAGUCGCGAAGAUAUCAAUGAGUUCCUAGGCACUUUGCCCUCCAGGCGAGGAAGUCAAGAUGAGGCAUCCCGCCGCCCCCGCAAAUUCUUUAUCGACGUGGAGGAGACCCUGGAAGCUCUAUUGAAGCAGGAAGAUACCGAUCAGAAUAUGCAAAUUACCAUCGAGGAUGUUGGCCCCAAGGUGCUCUCGGUCGGAACGGCGAACUCAUCUGGAAUUAAUCGGGUAGAUGUGCGCGGCACAUACAUGCUUUCCAACCUGCUUCAGGAGCUCACUAUCGCGAAAGAUUAUGGUCGCAAGCAUAUCGAGCUCGAUGAGGCCCGUCUCAGCGAGAACCCAGUUGCCCGACUUUCGCGACUGAUCAAGAAUAUGUUCUGGAAGGCACUAACAAGACGUAUUGAUGGGUCGAACAUUGAAAUAGCUGGAAGAGAUCCUAAGGACUGGACAUCGGAUCCUAGACCUCGUGUCUACAUCCCGCCAGGUGCUCCGGAGCAAUUUGAAUACUAUUCCAAGAUUGCCGAGCAGCGUCCGGAAUUGCGCCUGGAGGUACUUAUGUUACAGUCUGAUAUUACCCCAGAAUACAUCAACCAGCUGAACGCGAAGCCUGGACUGCUGGCACUAGCUAUGGAGAAGAACAUUAACGAAGUUACUAAGGAAGAGGAACUGCAGGGUGUUCCAUUCGUUGUGCCAGGAGGCCGAUUUAAUGAGCUUUAUGGAUGGGACAGCUACAUGGAGUCUCUCGGUCUCCUUGUGAGUGAUCGAGUUGAUCUUGCCAAGGGCAUGGUUGUCAAUUUCUGUUUCGAGAUCAAGCAUUAUGGAAAGGUCCCCAAUGCCAACCGUACCUACUACUUGACUCGUUCGCAGCCCCCAUUCCUGACUGACAUGGCCCUGCGUGUCUAUGACCGAAUCAAGCUAGAGCCUGAUGCCAAGGACUUCCUUAGAGACUCGAUUCUCGCUGCUAUCAAGGAGUAUUACAGUGUCUGGGCCGCAGAGCCACGUCUCGAUCCGGUCAGUGGCCUUUCCAGAUACCGCCCAGAAGGAUGGGGCGUGCCUCCCGAGACAGAGCCUACCCACUUCACUCAUAUCCUCACACCGUACGCUAAGAAGCACGGAAUGUCAUUCGAUGGAUUCGUUAAGGCCUACAACUCCCGUGAGGUGAUUGAGCCCGAGCUAGAUGAAUACUUCCUGCAUGACCGAGGAGUGCGUGAGUCCGGUCACGAUACCAGCUACCGCCUUGAAAGAGUAUGCGCCAACCUGGCCACCGUUGAUCUUAACUCCCUGCUUUACAAGUAUGAGGUUGAUAUCGCGCGUGUCAUCCGAACUCACUUCAAGGAUAAGUUGGAAAUCCCAGCCGAGUUCCGUACCGCCCAGAGCCAGAACAUCGACUUUGAGACCUCUGCAUCCUGGGACCGUCGCGCUCGUAAGCGUAAGCAGAAGAUGGAUCAGCUCUGCUGGAGCGAAGAGAAGGGAAUGUUCUUCGAUUACGAUACUGUGAAGAAGGAGCGCAAGGAUUAUGAGACUGCAACUACUUUCUGGGCCAUGUGGGCUGGUCUCGCGACUCCACAGCAGGCUGCCAAGAUGGUAGUCCAGGCUCUACCUCGCUUCGAGCACUUUGGUGGUCUUGUCUCUGGCACAGAGGAAUCUCGCGGCGCGGUAGGCUUGGAGCGACCGAACCGACAGUGGGAUUACCCUUACGGCUGGGCACCACAGCAGAUGCUAGCAUGGACUGGAUUCCUGCGCUACGGAUACCAGGAUGAAGCGGAGAGAUUGGCAUACAAAUGGUUGUACAUGAUCACCAAGGCGUUUGUGGAUUUCAAUGGUGUGGUUGUGGAGAAGUAUGAUGUGACACGGCCUAUUGAUCCACACCGUGUUGAUGCCGAGUACGGUAACCAAGGCACCGAUUUCAAGGGUGCACCGCGUGAAGGUUUUGGCUGGGUCAACGCCAGUUACGUUUACGGAUUGGAGAUUCUUAACGCACACAUGCGCCGUUCUCUGGGUACCAUCACGCCUUACGACACAUACAAGAAGGCGAUUGAUGCGCAGAAUGCAUUUUAA